AUGGAGGCCUUCGUACCAUAUCUUGUUCCUCUUUUCCUCAUUCCUCUCUCCCUUUAUAUCUUCUCCUCCCUCCGAAAAAAAGGUUCCGAUGAUCUGAAAAACCUCCCUCCCGGCUCCAAGGGGUGGCCGAUGGUCGGAGAAAACAUGGAGUUCGCCGUUUUAGGCCCCCAGAAAUUUGUCAAAGACAGGAUGUCCAAAUACUCCCCCGAGGUAUUCCAAACCUCAUUGUUGGGUGAGAAAAUGGUGAUAUUUUGUGGCGCACAAAGCAACAAGUUCCUCUUCACGAACGAGAACAAAAUCCUGACCUCAUGGUGGCCUCAGUCGAUGAAGAAGGCCUUGCUCUUCCCAGAAUUCAUCGAGAGCGAUUUGAAGGAAGUAUCCGCCUUGAAAAGAAGCUUCCACCACGACAUCCUCAAGCCGGAGGCCUUGAAACAGUACAUUCCAGUGAUGGAUGAGCUGGCUCGUGACCAUCUGGAUAACGAGUGGAAGGCUAACCCAGUGGUGAAGGUUUUGCCUAUGUCGAAAAAGUACACGUUCGAUCUGGCGUGUAGAUUGUUCUUGAGCGUGGUUGAUCCCAUGCACAUCAAGAAGCUCUCGGAUCCCUUCACUCUGGUGACCAACGGGAUGUUCUCCGUGCCUAUAGACUUGCCCGGGACAGCCUACAAUGGUGCGAUCAAGGGGGGGAAGAUGGUGCGGGAUGAGCUCAUGAGGAUCAUCAAGGAGAGGAGGGAGGAGCUGAGGGGGAAGCACGAGGGCGAGGGGCGGGACCUGCUGUCAAAUAUGCUGCUUGUUACAGAUGAAGAUGGAAAAUUUUUGAGUGAAAUGGAGAUUUCUAACAACAUUAUAGGAUUGCUGGUGGCUAGCUUUGAGACAACCAGCUCUGCAGUGACGGCCGUGAUGAACUAUCUUGCUGAAUAUCCCCACAUUUAUGAUGGGGUUUUCAAAGAACAAAUGGCAAUUGCGGACACAAAAGGGUGUGAUGAACUUCUAACAUGGGAGGAUAUUGAGAAGAUGAAGUACUCAUGGAACGUUGCGCGUGAAUCGCUUAGGCUAACCCCGCCCGCACAGGGAGCCUUCAGAGAAACCACAACCGACUUCACCUAUGCAGGUUUCACCAUUCCUAAAGGAUGGAAGACGUUCUGGACGGUGCAUUCGUCCCACAAGAACCCUAAAUACUUCCCAGAGCCGGAAAAGUUUGAUCCAUCUCGGUUUGAGGGGAGUGGGCCGGCGCCCUACACGUUCGUUCCGUUUGGGGGAGGGCCAAGAAUGUGCCCCGGGAAAGAGUAUGCUAGGCUUGAAGUGCUGGUUUUCAUGCACAAUGUGGUGAGGAGGUUCAAAAUGGAGAAGGCAAUACCUAAUGAGAAGAUAGUUUUCUAUGCUUCGCCUACGCCGGUUCAUGGCCUUCCGGUUCAUCUUCGGCCUCAUAAAAACUAG